GAUAGUGGAAAGCAUUUAUAUAAAACAAGAAAACAGAUUGCAACACCAAAACAUUGAAUAAUCAUUAAAGUUGCUGAUACAGCGAAUUGAUUCUAUAAUUUGUUAAUAAUUGCUAUAUCAUUUCAAUUAAUAUCAAUUAUUUAAAAGCUAAAAAACGGCGACUGAAGAAGAAAGGAUUCAUCAGCAAGGUCGUUUGACCUAUUUAGACCCACUGUUGAUGAAUAACAAAAGACAAAAUAUGUUGAGCCAAAAGUUAAGUAAUAGAAGGUUAUUAGUUGACCUACUUGCACUAAUGUUUGGUCUUGGUGCAUGGAUUGGUGUAAAUGGCAUUUAUGUUCAAUUACCACUUCUUGUGAACGAAGCUCCAGAAGGAUGGAGUCUUCCAGCACAUAUGGUUAUGUUAGUACAAUUUGCCAAUUUAGGACCAAUACUUUAUACGUUAUACAUAAAAUAUAAUAAAUGGGCAUGUGACAAAUAUAUUACAUAUGUCCUUUUAGCAGCAGGAGCAAUGUCUACAUUUAUAUUAGCUUUUUUAUAUGAUAAAACUACUAUAAUAUUUGGCAAUAAGCAUUCCACUGCAUUAUUAUCAUUAAUGUUUGUAACUGCUAUUGUUGGAUGUACGAGUUCAGUACUUUUUAUGCCAUACAUGAGGAACUAUAGAGAGAUUUAUUUAGUGUCCUAUCUUGUAGGAGAAGGACUCAGCGGAUUUGUGCCAAGCUUAGUGGCAUUAAUCCAAGGUGUUGGUGGAAAUCCCGAAUGUUUAAAUAUUACUAAACCUGGAUCUAAUGUAGAAUUAACACCUUAUUAUCCAGAACCCAGGUUUUCAAGUCAGACUUUUUUUAUUUUUAUUGGUAUUUUAUUAUUUUUAUGUUUCUUGGCAUUCUUGGGAUUGAACAAUUUGUCUAUUGCUAUUGGAGAACGUGUGAAACAUUCAGCAAAUAUGGAAACAUUACCAACAGAUACACGAGCUCCUCCCAGUUAUAAAACAAAUUCUGGUUGGGCAAUGUCUAAGCAAGUGUAUUUAUAUUUAUUAAUUAUGAUGGGAAUGGUUUGUUUCUUAGGUAAUGGUACAUUACCAAGUAUUCAAUCAUAUUCUUGUUUGCCAUAUGGAAAUGUUGCAUAUCAUUUGACUGUUACAUUAUCAUCAAUGGCUGGUCCAUUGGCAAUGUGUCUAGGUUUUGUCAUAAAAAUGCCAGAAGUUAAUUUCCUUUCUGGUCUCAUGGUUAUAGUUAUAGCACUUUCUAGUUUUGUUUGCUUUCUAGCUGUUGAAUCACCUACACCACCUUUGCAAAAUACAUGGUUAGGUGAAUUUUUGGUAGUUUUAUCUUGGAUAUUAAUUAGUGGUUUGAUAGGAUUUAUAAAAUUAGGUAUUACAACAUUAUUUAGGCCUGAUCCUGGCAGAGGUUUAUAUUAUACUGGUGUUGCAACUCAAAUUGGAUCAUUGAUAGGAGCAAUAAUUACAUUUGUCUUAGUUAAUCAUGCAAAACUAUUCCAUUCUUAUUCACCAUGUUUAUUAGUUGCAGCAAAUUGACAUUUAAUAUGAGAUUUAUAUUUAAUAAUUUUAUUAGUAAAAAUUGUAUAAAAUUAAUUUAAAAAAUGAAAUGUAUCUCUUAAUUAUUCUAUUAUUUAUCAAAUUAAAUAUGAAAAAGCAGGGUCUAAGUAUUUUUAAAUAUUAUAAAUCUGGAACAUCGAAUUAAGAGUAUAAUAGUAUAUACUAAUAUAUUUACAUAUAUAAGUCAACAUAAGAAAAGAACUAUUUGGAUUUUGUAAUUUCAAUAUUAAAUAGAUGAAUAUUAAAGCCAAUCAAACUUCCAAUUUGCUUAUAAAAUUUUAAGAAAGCUAAAUAUUUUUAAUAAUUAAAACUAAAGAAUUAUAAUAUAUUUUUAUUUCAAUAUGAAUUUAAUUCGAAUAAAUAUAUAAAAUAUGAAUAUAGUUAAAAAAUAGUUUUGUAUAAUUAAACAAAAUAUAAAUAGAUAAAUAAUAUUUUCGAAAUUUUAAAUUCAAAAAUGCAAUUAUAAUAUAAUUUAUUGCAUAAUAAAUAUUUUGAAUAAUUUUUUAUCAAAAAUAUCUUUCAUAUGAAAAGAUACAAUACUGUUAUAAUACUGUUAUGAUUAAUUUUAUUACAAAAAUAUACAAAGUUUAAUUUUAUCAUUUAUUUUAUUAUUUAUUUUGAAUUUAAUAUAUUAGAAUAUUAAAAUGUACUUAAUAUAAAAUUUAACUAUCAUUAUGUCAAUUCAAAAUGAUUACUCAAACUUUAUAUUUUAUCUGAUAAACUUUAUUGUUCGGAUUAAAGAAAAGUCAGACAUCUCAUGAUUUUAUCAUAUCAGUUUCUCUGGUUUAAAUGCAUUCUAUAAUGUAGAAUUUUAAUCAGUUAUGUUUUUGUUUUUUAAAUAAUUUUACAAAAUAUAUAAAUAAAAUAGUAAAAAUAAUUUUUUUCAAUUAUAUAUUUGGAAUAUUUGGAAAUUUAACAAAAUAAUUUGGUAAGAAAUCAGUUAAUAAAAAAUAAUUAUAUAAAUAUAAAAAACUAUUUAAGAUUAUUUUUUUAUUAAUUAUUAUUCAGGUAUAUAAAAAUUUAAUUUUCUAUAUAAAUACAGAAUGAUUCAUAUUACACAAGAUAAAAAAAUAUGCAAUGAAAAAACUUAUAUUGUUGUGCAUUUUCUUAUAAUAUUAUUUGGCAUAUCUUCCUGGAUUGGUAUUAAUGGAAUAUUUAUUCAAAUACCAAUACUUAUUAAUACAUCUCCUGAAGGUUGGUCAUUACCAAUUUAUUUAGUAUCGAUAACUCAAACUGCAAAUUUUGGUCCAUUACUAUAUAUAAUUUUGCAAUAUUUCAAAUGUAAGAUAAAUGAAUCUUGGUGGAUAAUGUGUUUACUGAUGUUAGGAACUUUAGCAAUGGGAUUUCUAAGUUUUUUUUCUUCUGAGAAAACUGUUAUUGCUAAUAAUGAAUAUAGUUUGCUAUUAUUUGUUUUAACAUUUUUCAAUGCCUUAGUAAGUUGCUUUAGUUCUAUAUUAUUUAUGCCAUAUCUUCGUAACUUUAAUAUAAAAUUUUUAACAUCAUAUUUUAUAGGAGAAGGAUUAAGUGGUGUACUGCCAAGUAUUAUUGCCUUGAUACAAAGAAUUGGAUAUAUUUCAGAAUGUACAAUUCUUAAAAAUAAUACCAAUAUAGAACCAUUGAAAUCUUUUGUUUUAAAAUUUUCUCCAAAUGAAUAUUUUCUAUUUAUUUUUAUUAUUUUAUUUUUAUCUUUAGUUGCUUUUGCUAUUUUAGAAUAUUCUUCAGUUUUUCAAAACAUAAAACAAAUUCAUAAUUCUAUCAGUAUAGUACUCAAUGAAAAACAAGGAUAUUCUCAUGAUCAUUGUACUAAUAAUAUUCAAGAAAUGAAACAUUAUUUAGUAAAUAAUAGCAAAUAUUUAACUAAACAAAUACGAAAUUAUUUAUUUAUAUUACUUGCUAUUUUUUGCUUUUUGAGCCAUGGUUUCUUUCCAAGCAUACAAUUUUAUUCCUGUUUACCUUAUGGAAGUAUAGCAUAUAAAUUGUCAAUUAUAUGUGCUCAAAUUGCAAAUCCACUUAUGUGUUUAUUAGCAUUUUGGUUUAAAAUUUCAAGUAUAAAAUUAUAUAUUAUUAAUUACUUAUGUAUAAUAUGUUUACUUAUUGGAAGUUAUGUUACAUAUUUAGCAAUAUCUCCAUCACCACCUUUACAAGCAACAAAACUUGGCAUUUUUUUAGUUAUAAUAUCAUGGGCACUCUUAAUGGGAUUUGUUUCUUAUUUAAAAUUAAUUGUUAUAUCAGUAUUUAGAAAUACAAUGCUUCCCAAUAUACUCUUUAAUGUAGGUGCAAUUAUGCAAAUAGCAUCUGCAAGUGGUGCAAUAUUUUCAUUUAUAAUAAUUAAUUUUACAAAUUAUUUUGAAGUAUAUGAUAAUUGCACUUAAAUAAUUGAUAUAUAAAUAUAUAUCUUAUUUAUUUUAUAUAUUAUAUAUGCAAAAUGAUAAUUGUAAUAGCACUUUUAUUGAAUAUAUCUUUACAUGAUUUAUAUACUUACAUAUGUACAAAAUUAUAAUAAUGAUUUUUUCAUUAAAGUAGCUUUAAACAAAAAAAUUGAUAAGAUAUAAAAUAUAAAUUUGUAUCUACAAAAAUAUUUUUAUAAUUGUACAUAUGUCUGCAUGUGUCUUUAUGAAUGAAUAGAUAUGGAUAAAUAAAUAAUAUAAAACAAUUAUAGAAAUCAUGAAGUUAUAAAAAUUAUAUAUAAAAUAUAUAUAUUUUAUCUAUUGUUAUCUUAAGUACUGCCUUCCAAUACCGUACUUAAGAUUAUUAAAUGUAUACUACUAGUUUUAAAUUAUAUUUUAUUUAAUAAAGAAAAAUCACAUUUAUGUAUCAUAUUAUCAAUUGUUUAUAAUAUAUAACAAUUAUUUAUUCUAAAUGAAUUUGUUAGAAUAUUUUGAGAACAUAUUCUUUUAUUACGAAUAUUUAAAUAUCCUAAAAUUUAAUGAUUGCCACAUAAUUAAAUUUUAAUAAAUAUUAUAUUAUAUAAUUAAUUAUAAAAGAUUCUUUUGUUUAUUAUGAAAUGUGUGCAAGUAUGUAAUGGAAUUUUAUAAAGUGAUUUAUACAAAUUUGCAAAUAUAAUAAAACGAAUAAAAUAAAAAUAUUAUUUAAA